GCUAGUUCUCCGUAGAUCAUCAAACUUAGAACAUGAUAUUAUUGCUUAGCUGCCUUCUUUACACAAUCUAUGGGUUGGGAUUGGUUAGCUCUGCUCCAAGUCAAGGAUUAGGUUUGCUGAAUCCUGCACCUGGAUUAGUUAGUACUGCUCCAGGAGGAGCUAAACUGAACCAGGGUUCAGGAAGGAGACAUAAAAGAUCAGUUGACGCAUUUGUGCGCGAGAAUGUAAACUCCCUGGAUCAGAGUGAUCUAUUCCUUGACUCCUAUAUUACUGAGACCUACAGACACCUGGAGGAGGAUCUUGAACUCUCCGUCCUUGACUCCGAUAGUACCUUCCUACCUCCUCAGAGAUUCAGAUCCAGACGAUCAAGAUCCACCCUAGAAAACACGAACGCAACCAAGAGUAUCCUGACGGAGGAGAUGAUAGAGAAGUUGAAAGUGAUUGCUCGAAACCCUAAACUACGGGAUUGGGCUGAAAGAGCCGGAUCCCAGCUACUCAGUGAACUCAACGCCGGUAAGAACGUGACGGAUAUUGAGAAGACGGAUAAGACGGGAGGAAGUUCGAAUGAGCUGAGCGUGCUUCGAUUCCUCCUGGAUAUGCUGAACCGUGGAGAGGUUUUGGAGAAGAACGGAAAUGAGAAGAAAAGGAAACCUGAUGAAUCCUGUCUUGAUGCUGCAAAUAUCCUCGCUAACGAUACCAGAGCUCAAGUUAGAGAAAAACAGGGGAAAAGAAUGAAGUGCUACAUAAACCCUGAGGUUGAUCCUUGUGAGGAUUUUUAUGAAUUUGCGUGUGGUAACUGGGAGCUGUACUAUCCUAUUCCAAUGGACCGAGGAGGAUACGACACAUUUGAGAUUCUCAGAGAAGAACUAGAUCUUAAACUCAGGCAACUUUUACAGGCAGAUAUAGAAGAAGAUGAAUCCUUAGCAACUAGAGCUGUCAAAACAUUGUUUACAUCGUGUAUGAAUACAGAUGAGAUAGAGAGAAGAAGAGAGGUUCCCCUACUGAACCUAUUGGAAAGGUUGGGGGGCUGGCCUGUACUUGAAGCAGAAAAAUGGAAUCAAACUAACUUUGAUUGGAUUAAACUUAUAGGAGAACUGAGAUUGUUUAAUAAUGAUAUUCUGGUUUCCCUCUGGGUUGGUCCUGAUGGUAAAAACUCUGACCAAUAUAUUGUACAGUUUGAUCAGUCUGAUCUUGUUCUACCGAGUUCAGAGUAUUAUCAUCAAGGGAAUAAUCAUCCAAUCAUGAAAGCUUACAAGGAUAUCCUUGUGAAUAUUGCUGUUCUCCUGGGAGCUGAGAAAGGAGUGGCUGAGACGGAUAUGCAGAAUGUUAUAGAUUUUGAGAUCGAAUUAUCAAUGAUAAUGACCCCACCGCAUGAAAGACGAAACUUCUCUGUGAUGUAUGAGAAGAUGAAACUUGAAGAAUUAGCAGUUCUGGUUCCAGAGUUUAAUUUUACCAAGUAUCUUGGUAUAGUUCUCCCUUCUAAACUAGAGAAUCAAGAUGAAAUUGUUAUUUAUGCAUCAAAAUACUUUCUCAAGUUAACAGAUCUGGUAUCCAGAACGCAAAAGAGAACUCUUUCCAACUACAUCCUGAUGAGAUUUAUCAGGCAUAGGAUCAACAAUUUGGAUAAAAGAUUUGAGAAAAUUCAAAAUGAGCUCUACAGAUUAUUGUAUGGACGAGAGGAGAUGCCUGCUCGCUGGAAGUUCUGUAUAGCAUACGUCAACGGCAACCUAGGGAUGGCCGUUGGAUCUCUGUUCGUCAGUAAAUAUUUUGAUGGAAAAUCUAAACAGGACAUGCUGAAUUUAACAAGUGAGGUCCAGCAUCAGUUUAAACAGCUGUUGGAGGGAUCAGAAUGGCUGUCCAACUCUACAAAACAAACUGCAAGAGCUAAACUGGAGGCAAUGAUUCACAACAUUGGAUAUCCUGAACUAGUAGUUAAUAAUACUCUCCUUCAUGAGGAGAUACAAGGGAUAGAUUACAAACAAGAUGAAUUCUUCGAGAAUGUUCUGCAGAACCUUGAAGGAAGAACACAUAAAGAAAUGUCAAUGCUUGGUCAGAGUGUAAACCGAUCUAUUUGGACGACUACCCCAGCUGUUGUGAAUGCCUACUACAGCAGGAACAGAAACCAGAUCAUGUUUCCCGCCGGAAUUCUUCAGCCGCCAUUUUAUCAUAAAUUCUUCCCACGUGCUCUCAACUAUGGCGGGAUUGGAGUUGUUAUCGGGCACGAGAUCACGCAUGGAUUCGACGACAAGGGAAAACAAUUUGAUGACUUAGGAAAUAUUCAGCAGUGGUGGGAUGCGGACUCGACUUCAAGUUUUCUAGAUAAAGCACAAUGUAUUAUUGAUCAGUACAGUAGUUUCCAAGUAUCCGAGGUUGCUUCUCAUAUCAACGGUUUAAAUACCCAAGGAGAGAAUAUUGCAGAUAACGGAGGAAUUAAACAGGCAUACAGAGCUUUCAGAAGAUGGCAGGAGACGGAGGUGGAGGAGAGGCUCCCUCAUCUUGAGGAGAUGAGCUCAGAGCAAAUCUUCUUCCUAAACUUUGCUCAAGUUUGGUGUGGCACAGCUAGACCAGAGGCACUCAGGAGUAAACUGAAAACUGCAGUUCAUGCUCCAGGAAAAUACAGGGUUCUAGGAACACUCUCUAACUCUGAAGAUUUCCAUCGCGUGUUCCAAUGCAAACCUGGAGAAAAGAUGAACCCAGUUAAACAGUGCCAGGUUUGGUGAAAUCCAUCAACAUAAGAAUGCUUCAAACAAGAUAAGAUUGAAAACUGUCUCAAAAACGAAAAUAAAGAUUAUUUAAUCUUCAA